AUUGUUAAUGAAGGGGACUGCGCUUUUAUAGUUUAGGAAGCUUUCAUCUCGUGUGAUGAUCAAAGUUAUUUCUGCAGAACAUAAUGCAUGGAGCAGUGCGUCUCUUUACUUAAUUUAAACGCUUCCACGGUUCUCUAUCUAAUCAACACGUGGUAACUGCCCUCCGGGCCGAAGGUACAAAGGUUAACCACGGUGUUGCAUUACAAACAGUCUGUCCGUGAUCUCAGUGGAUAUUACUGCAUGCCGGAUCGCUGAACAAAUUCCAAAUAUUCCAAAUUACGUUUAUUUUUAGGCUGUCCUUCCUCCAUAGCAGGCUGUCUCUCGUUCCGAGCUUGAAAGUAGAAGACAUCAGUAGGUGCAAUUGAGUACAGAGGAGACUCGAGGGACUCAGACGGUUGUCAAGACAGGAGCUAUUACAAUCCAGCCUGCCAACAUGUGGAUAAUACCACUUAUCUUUCUGGGAUGCGCAAUCAUGUCUUACAUUUAUCUGCCGACUGAAACAGUUUUCCAGCUGAGCGAGCUUCCAGUUAACAACAAAAGCCUCUGCAUACUGUUCUCCAUCCUAUCCACCGUCACCUUCAUCAGAGAUUUCCUAGACAGCCGCAAACGUAUCCGAGCGCGAGAAAAUGUUACUCCCACGUCAGCGCCCCACACCUCACCAAACCUCAAACCUCACGCAAUGACUAUGAGAGGCGUCAUCAUUGAACGUUACGGUGAGGAUAGCGUCACAGUGAGUGACGUGGUGCCUCGUCCAGAGCUGAAUUACGUCGAUGAGGUAUUGGUUAGAGUUCGUGCGGCUUCAGUGAACCCAGUGGAUAUCCAAAUAAGUAAUGGGAAAGGACAGGCUCUGUGUAAUAGCAUGAGAUCCAUGCGGGGUAUGCCUGCCGGUGGAGGUAAGGAAUUCCCCGUCAUUCUUGGACGGGAUUUUUCCGGCGUCGUCGAGAGGGUAGGGUCGAAGGUUACGAAGGUGAAGGUUGGUGAUGAGGUGUGGGCGGCAAUCCCUUUCUAUCAUAGAGGAGGGGCCAUGGGUGAGUAUGUCUUGGUCACGGAGGCUGACAUUGCUAAGAAGCCCCAGGGUAUCAGCCAUCAGGAUGCUGCCACCUUGCCCUUCGUGGCUUGCACCGUGUGGUGCUCGCUGGUGCGUACCGCGGUCGUCGGCUCCAAGAGAACGAAACAACAGAGAGUUCUUAUCACCGGGGGAACAGGUGGCAUAGGGACCUUUGCCACUCAACUCAUCAAGGCAUGGGGAGGUCACGUGACAGCUACCUGUCGAGACAGUUACGGGGCAAGAAUGCUGAAAAAUCUCAGGGUAGACGAGGUGGUGAAUGUCUCCGAAGUCGACUUGGAGAGUGCUCUGAUCGAUAAGCCUAAGUUUGAUGUCAUUAUCGACACAGUCGGUUCGUCGGUUAGACAAGCCUGCUUCAAACUCUGCACCCGGGGCAGCUACUUAGUGAGCUUCGUCACGCCUGUGAUGGACGAUGCAGAGAAAUACGGAAUGAUGAUCGGAUCCUUCGUGUCGAACGUCUCAAAGAUGAAACUGGCUUGGCAGAGCGGCUUAAACUUCAGUUGGUCUUUCUGUCUACCUGAGGGGAAAAUUCUUGACAGCGUAACCAAGUACGUGGAGGCCAAAAAGAUAAGGCCAGUCGUUGACCAGAUCUACAGAUUGGAGGAGACCAAGAAGGCCUUUAAACAUGUAGCAGAAGGGCAUCCGAAAGGAAAGGUGGUCAUAACAUUUGAUGGAGGCCGGAAGUGACUGUUAAUGUGUCACUGGAAGACGAGAUGGAUGGGUAUCCAGGAAAAGGACGGACCACACCCACAGACGUUUCAUAAGAGCUGGGAGGACUGUGUGCUCGUGGAAUCCCUAUUUUUUGAAAGAAGAGCUAUGAGAUCAGUGUACCUUCUGGAAACUUGCAAAUGACUACAUUUAGAGAAGACUAGACAUACGAUUCCAAAAUGCCACGGGAGGGCGAUAUAUUGGGUAGUCUUGGCCUAAUACGUUAGUGAUCCAGAGUGAUGAUUGCAUUCUCUUCCGACACCAUGCUCACACUGUCUUAGGAAUAUUGCAUCAAUGAGGGUGUAGCCUCUCUUCGUCAAUUUGACCAUUGGUGUAAAUAUUUUUAAACAAGUGGCAGCUUUCCAUUAUUUUGAUACAGACGGUUCAGUAUGGUUUAUCACUGUGUUGCCGAUCUAACAAGCCUGCUUGAUUACCACACUUGACACUUAAGUUGAAGUGUGCCGACUCUCGAGACAAAGCUGAAAAAUGGGGACAGAUGACGCUCUGGGUGGCAUCUCGUCUCAUUUGAAAGAGCUAUGUCUGAGAAGACAGCCAACUAGGGAAGGGCUAAACAGUUUACCAAGAGUAGUAAGUGCAAGAU